AUGUUCUAUCAUCAGUUGUUGAAGUCGUCUGUGCUGGAGGACUACUUGACGUUAUUGUAUACUGGGGCCGCUCAAUACAAUCGCCCACCAAGAUAUCCAUUUACUGUUGUUUGUGGUGGCAUUGAUGGAGCUUCUCAUGGAAAUGAUACUCUAAGCAAAAUAUUUGCUGGUGUUGUUGCUUACAGAGGAAACAAGUCAUGCUAUGUUAACGCACCCAAAAAUAAAUCUGAAACAGAUGAAGGGUGGAGAUGGCAGACAUGUAGUGACAUGGUGAUGCCCAUAGGCAUCAGCAACGACAGCAUGUUUCCAGCUAACCAAUUCGAUCUAAAAGAGUACGUCGAAUUGUGCAAGGCACAGUAUGGCGUCCCUCCUCGGCCUCAUUGGGCCACUACUUACUUUGGAGGCCAUAAGGGAGAGGAUCUCCUUACCGUUUCUUCUGCACACCUGAAUAUCCCACGGCUGAGUCCAAAUGGAGGCAAAUUUUUACGCGGAAAUUAUUUUGCACACGACCAGCAGAAAACUAUGUCUGCUGCUGAUCCAAUUAAUGAUUUUGAAACAUUUUAUUAUAACCAAACGCUUGACCAUUUCAACUUCAGGCCUGAUAGCUUUAAUACUUUUCAACAAAGAUAUCUGAUCAAUUUCAAGCAUUGGGGUGGCUCCAAUGUUAGUGCACCAAUAUUUGCUUACCUUGGCGAAGAAGAAGCAAUUGAUGAUGAUCUCUCUAUUAUUGGCUUUCUCAGUGAGAACGCCCAUCAGUUCCAAGCCCUCCAGAUAUUUAUAGAGCACCGGUACUAUGGGAAAUCAGUCCCAUUCGGAUCAAGGGAAGGGGCAUUUCAAAAUGCAGACACUCUUGGGUACUUCAACUCAGCCCAAGCACUAGCAGAUUAUGCAGAGGUCCUCAUCCACGUAAAGAAGAAACUCCAUGCUCAGCAUUCUCCGGUGAUUGUUAUCGGGGCAUCGUACGGCGGAACUCAAUACAAUAGUCCACCAACAUAUCCAGUCACUGCUGUAUGUGGGGGCAUUGAUGGAGCUUCUGGAAAUGAUACUCUUACUAAAAUAUUUGCCGGCGUUGUUGCAUUUAGUGGAAACACGUCAUGCUAUGUUAAUCAACCCAGAAAUUUAACUGAAACAGAUAUGGGCUGGAGUUGGCAGACAUGUAGUGACAUGGUGAUUCCGAUGGCCUCCGUCAGCAACGACAGCAUGUUUCCGGCUUACCAAUUCGAUCUAAAAGAGUACAUCGAAUCGUGCAAGGCACAGUAUGGCGUCCCUCCUCGGCCUCAUUGGGCCACUACUUACUUUGGAGGCCAUGAUAUAAAACUAGCACUUGAAAGGUUCGCUAGCAACAUUAUUUUCUCCAAUGGGCUAAGAGAUCCUUACAGUAGUGGCGGAGUGUUGGAGGACAUAUCAGACACCGUCGUUGCCGUCCAUGCAAAGAAUGGGUCUCAUUGCUUGGAUCUCCUUAAUGCAGACAACAUUACUGAUCCAGACUGGUUAGUAAAUCAGCGGAAAAUUGAGGUGAAGAUCAUUAAACGUUGGAUAGCCAAGUACUAUGCCGACCUUCAGGCAUUUAAAAAAUAG